UGCAGCGGCGAAAGAGGCUCGUCUGACAGGCAUUCAUUUAUAGAGGAGGCAUUGUACCAGCUCGCCUGCACCCUUGCACUACUUGCACUUCGCACUUCUACUUCUACCAUUGAGCUUCCUGUGAAUGAGAUUUGGCGACACUGCCGCUGACUGUGCAUCAUCAUCAUCAUCAACAAAAGAUGGCGGAUAACGUGGUCGUCGGUGUUGGUGACUCAAAUGUAGGCGACCAGCAAAAGGCACGCAUUCUUUAAAAGUUUUACGCUUUGCGGUUACUGUAAGCAUGUUUUCUGGAAAAAUACGAAUUCGCUAUUUAAACCGGUUUGGAUACACUGUGCUGAAACGAGCUGCGCACAGGGCUGCAGCGAAGGCAAAGCCGGAACCAAAAACAGCGGCGUCUGAGCUAAAACCGUGGCCAGCAUUUAUCGAAGAGAGGAUAAGAAUCUGGGACAAACUAAAGGCUGAAUAUGACCAAGCAGUGGCAUCCAAAACACCAGAAGCAAUUAAGGUCACACUACCCGAUGGAAAAGUGGUUGAUGGACAGUCUUGGAGAACCACACCAUACGAUGUUGCUGCUGGAAUAAGCAAGGGGCUUGCUGACAAUGUUGUAAUUGCCAAGGUGGAUAACGUGCUUUGGGACCUCGACAGACCUUUGGAAAAGGAUUGUGACCUGAAAUUGCUCAAGUUUGAAGAAGAAGAAGGUCAGCAAGUAUUUUGGCACUCUAGUGCACACAUCUUGGGUGAAGCCUUGGAGCGCAUCUAUGGUGGAUGUCUGUGUUAUGGGCCACCCAUCGAAAAUGGCUUCUACUAUGAUAUGCAUCUGGAAGAGAAUGGAGUGUCUGCUGCUGACUACACUUCCAUUGAGGGUCUUAUGAAAUCCAUAGUGAAGGAUAAGCAGCCUUUUGAGCGUCUAGAGAUGCGUAAGGAGGACCUGCUUGAGAUGUUUAAGUACAACCCCUUCAAACUGCGCAUCUUGAAUGAAAGAAUAAGCACACCUACUACCACAGUGUACCGGUGCGGUCCGCUCAUUGAUUUGUGCAGAGGUCCACAUGUGAGACACACGGGAAAGGUGAAAGCCCUUCAGGUUACCAAGAACUCCUCUGCGUAUUGGGAGGGUAAAGCUGAUGCAGAAGCUCUGCAACGUGUUUAUGGGAUAUCCUUCCCGGAUUCUAAGCAACUCAAGGAGUGGCAGAAAUUCCAAGAAGAGGCUGCCAAGAGGGACCACCGCAAGAUUGGAAAGGAACAGGAAUUAUUUUUCUUCCACGAAUUGAGUCCUGGGAGCUGUUUCUUCCAGCCAAAUGGGGCCCAUAUUUAUAAUACGUUGGUUGACCUCAUAAAGGGCGAGUACAAGAAACGAGGCUUUCAGGAAGUUGUCUCCCCCAACAUGUAUAACAGCAAAUUAUGGCAGGUUUCUGGCCAUUGGCAACAUUACCAGGACAACAUGUUUUCCUUCGAUGUGGAAAAGGAGACGUUUGCCUUGAAACCCAUGAACUGUCCUGGUCACUGUCUGAUAUUUGACGUUCGACCUCGGUCAUGGCGAGAACUUCCUCUUCGCAUGGCAGAUUUUGGAGUGCUUCAUCGGAAUGAACUUUCAGGGGCCCUCUCAGGUCUCACACGGGUGCGGAGAUUCCAGCAAGAUGAUGCUCACAUCUUUUGCACUGUUGAUCAGAUCGCUUCAGAAAUGAGUGGUGCGCUGGACUUUCUCAAGCACAUCUAUACAAUAUUUGGCUUUACCUUCCAACUAAAACUGUCCACUCGACCAGACAACUUUCUAGGUGAGGUCCAAGUAUGGGAUGAUGCCGAAAAGCAACUGGAGCAAAGUUUGAACAAGUUUGGCUUCCCCUGGAGUCUUAAUCCUGGUGAUGGUGCAUUUUAUGGACCCAAGAUUGACAUCACCAUAAUGGACGCCUUGCGAAGGCAGCACCAGUGUGCAACAAUUCAACUUGACUUUCAGCUUCCAAUUCGGUUUAACCUAAAUUAUACCAGUGAGAAUGGAGAAAAGAAGCGACCAGUAAUCAUCCAUCGUGCCAUUCUAGGUUCUGUGGAGCGCAUGAUUGCUAUCUUGACAGAGAAUUAUGGAGGCAAAUGGCCUUUUUGGUUGUCCCCAAGACAGUGCAUCGUUGUACCAGUAGCAUCGCCAUUCGACGAAUAUGCAACUGAGGUGAAGCAGGAGAUCUUUGACGCUGGCUUUCGUUGUGAAACAGACCUUGAUACAGGAGCAACUAUGAACAGAAAGAUUCGGAAUGCGCAGUUGGAUCAGUACAACUUCAUUCUCGUUGUGGGAGAGAAAGAAAGGAACUCCCGUACUGUGAAUGUACGCACAAGAGACAACAAAGUGCAUGGCGAAUUCUCCAUUCCUGAUGUUGUUGAACGCUUCUCUAGGCUCAAACGAGAGUUUGUUGCAAAUUCUGAAGAGAGCUUCUAAGCCUAUUUAAUUAUUUUCUCUUAUGGAGCAUUGAAGUGUUGUCUGCUU